AUGCCAACCAUAUCCUCCACUCCCCUCGACCAAGGAUCUCCUCCCUCCUCUCAGCAUCACCAUCUUUCUUACCAUUCCCAUACAUCUACUACAUCUGUGCCGGUCUCUUCCACCCCGGCCGACAUUCCUUCUUCUAUCAUUUCCCCUCUCGCUUCACCCGCACCCACGACGUCCAGCACCACUACGACGGCCAAUACAACCGCCACCACGACGACUAGUUUCACUGGUUCUGUGAUUGGCUCAAUCUCACGACGCAACCGACGGUCGUUCGCUGCAUUAGCCCGUGAGAAGACCUCCAACGCUCUCGCGAAUCUUUCAGCCAUCGGAAGCACCACCAAUUCCUCGCUCCGGACCUCAGCCUCGUCGGGAAGCCUUUCUAAGCAUUCGCGGAAGCCAUCGCAGAUUAGCACCCACGAAGUUGCUGGUGUUUCACCUCUGACCCCGCCGUUAUCCGACGGAAGUACGAGCAGCGAUCAAUCGAGCCCCGCGUGCAUCGAGACCUCGGAGGUAGAAUUCCAGCAGAGCUUGAGCGGAAGGCGGCGCCACACUCUUCAACGCAAUCCACCUAUCUCAGAGCAACAGCUGGAAGCCGGAUUUGCCGCACUCCCAUCCAAGAUGCACCAAACGUCUUCGAGACUGUUGCGUAUGACGGAAGAUGACCGCCCAUUUACAAAGGAUUUCAUGGACCUUUUUUCCACCCUUAUGGUCAGCUUGAAACUGGAUUCGCAUCGUGUGAGGUUUACGAAAUAUGACCACACUUUCACAUCCGAGGAAGCCAUCAACAACCUCGGAUCGCUUAAGUUCUCCCAAUCGAACCGCAUGCCUGAUCCCAAGGAUCCCUCUCGCAUCGUGACCACGACUACGACCACCACCUUUUCUAUGGCCAAGGAGAUGGCUCGCUCGGUAUGCCAGCGUUUCGUUGACGCUCGCUUUAUCGAACCCGUUGAUGGCAAAGCACUACCGAUAUUCCCACUGAAAGGCGCGUUGUUUCAGCUCACUCCGAAGGGCAUCAAUAUCUUGCAGAGAUUCUGCCAGAGAAACGGUAUCACCGCUCGACACGUGAUAGAUGUGCUGGAAUCCCCUCGCAACACGAUGCAACUGGUCAAUCUGGAGCGCGACACGGAGACUGAUAAACUGUCGCAUGACCGAGCCACCAUCGAAGUCAUUUUUCGCCGGUUUGCCGGUCAGGAUGGACCCAAUGUGAAGAGUAGUAUUUCUACUUCGGAUUCAGAUUCGUUGAGUGACUACUCAAACGGUCUUGUUGGGGUUAAGAUGGCCAAGGAACGGAAAAUCAACGACAAGAUCUACAUGAACACCUUCACCGGGAAGGCUGCUGUGGACUGGUUGAUGGAUUGCUCGACAACCAUUGAACGCCGGGAAACCGUCCUCAUUGCGGAGCUUUUCGUCAAAUACGGCCUGAUCACAAUGCUUCAAGAAGACAAGGGGUAUCCUCAGCCAGAUGCGUCCAUUGUGGUCUUCCAGCCAUCCAAGUACGCUAUUUACGGUAUCACGGAGCGGGGCCAGCGGGUUUGCGGUUGGAUUGCGCGCGACAAGUCCCGCGAGACGUUCUAUGACAACCGUGGUAUGCCGAAAGACUCGAACAACGCUCGUUUGAACCACAUUCUUCACGAUCCUGCUCUGCGACUGCUAUUCCGUGAAUUCCUGCGUUUCUCUCUAUGCGAAGAAAACCUGUCAUUUUACCUCGAUGUGUCGGAAUUUACCGCUGCUUACCACAAGGCGGAGAAGAUGGGUGCAUUCAAGAAGGCCGACGCCGUCCGCGAAACGCUGGCUGCGGCAUAUGGCCUUUACAAUGCUUUCCUUGCCCCCGGUUCUCCGUGCGAGCUCAAUAUCGAUCACGCACUGCGCAACAGCUUAGCGAGCCGUAUGACAAAGGCUGUAGGUGAUGAUGAGUCUAUGUUCAAAAGCCUUCAGGAGGUUGUGCAGUUGUUUGAGAUGGCUCAAACAUCCGUUUUCAAGUUAAUGUCUAGUGACUCUGUUCCCAAGUUCCUACGUGAUCCGAAGUAUGCGGUUGUCUUGCAGGAGCAUGAUGUCGACUUGAUCGGUGCUCCAAGGGCUUACUCACCUACUCCGGCACCCGUUCCGGAGCGCUCAAUGAGUCGUUCAGCACGCUCUUGA